UUUGGUCAUUUUGGCUGAUUUCGCAGAGCUCUUUCACACCGGGAUCUGAUGAACAAUAUUGUAAUAUUUUUUUGGCGGGUACAACAACACCACUAUCGUUUGACAAUUAAUUGAAGACAAAAAAACUUACAUAAACCAAUAAUAAUCACAUAGAUAUUAUAAAUAAUAACUACAAAUGGGUGACAAAGACGGUGUGUCAAUUGCAGAGACAUUUGAUGAUGCUGUUGAGGAGCGUGUAAUUAAUGAAGAGUAUAAAAUAUGGAAGAAAAAUACACCAUUUUUGUACGAUCUGGUGAUGACCCAUGCAUUGGAAUGGCCAUCAUUGACAGCUCAAUGGCUUCCUGAUGUCACUCGUCCAGAGGGUAAAGAUUAUUCUGUUCACCGUUUAAUCUUAGGCACACAUACAUCAGAUGAACAAAAUCAUUUGCUAAUUGCAAGUGUACAGUUGCCAAAUGAGGAUGCCCAAUUUGAUGCAUCUCAUUAUGACAAUGAAAAGGGUGAAUUUGGUGGUUUUGGAUCAGUCAGUGGAAAGAUUGAAAUUGAAAUAAAAAUAAAUCAUGAAGGUGAAGUUAAUCGUGCUCGCUAUAUGCCACAAAAUCCAUGUGUCAUCGCAACAAAAACACCAUCAAGUGAUGUACUCGUAUUUGAUUAUACAAAGCAUCCAAGCAAGCCUGAUCCAAAUGGUGAAUGUCAUCCAGAUUUGCGUUUGCGUGGACAUCAAAAAGAGGGCUAUGGUUUGUCAUGGAAUCCAAAUUUAAAUGGUUAUUUGCUCAGUGCAUCUGACGAUCAUACUAUUUGUUUGUGGGAUAUUAACGCAACACCAAAAGAAAAUCGUGUUAUUGAUGCAAAGACAAUAUUUACUGGUCAUACUGCUGUUGUUGAAGAUGUUGCUUGGCAUUUAUUACACGAGUCACUUUUUGGCUCUGUUGCUGAUGAUCAAAAACUCAUGAUUUGGGAUACAAGAUGCAACAACACCAGCAAACCAAGUCAUACUGUUGAUGCACAUACUGCUGAAGUCAAUUGUUUAAGUUUUAAUCCAUACUCUGAAUUCAUUUUGGCAACUGGUAGUGCUGAUAAAACCGUUGCUCUUUGGGAUCUUAGAAAUUUGAAACUCAAGUUGCACUCAUUUGAGUCUCACAAAGAUGAAAUUUUCCAAGUUCAAUGGUCACCCCAUAACGAAACAAUUCUUGCUAGCAGUGGAACUGACAGACGUCUUCAUGUCUGGGAUCUCAGUAAAAUUGGAGAGGAACAAUCUGGAGAAGACGCUGAGGAUGGUCCACCAGAAUUACUGUUUAUUCAUGGAGGACAUACUGCUAAAAUCAGUGAUUUUUCAUGGAAUCCAAAUGAACCAUGGGUCAUUUGCUCAGUUUCUGAGGACAACAUAAUGCAAGUUUGGCAAAUGGCUGAAAAUAUUUACAAUGACGAAGAGCCUGAUACACCAGCCAGUGAACUCGAAGCAGGAGCAUCAUAAAUUACUUUAAAAAUUUUUUUUUUUCUACUACUUAGUUAAUAAGCCAAAAUAAUGAUCAUAAUUCAGUCGACUGAUUUGAUAUUCCAAUAAUAAUAAUAAUUUUGCAUUUUUGUAAAAGGUGAAAAAAGUAUAAAAACAAACCAACAAACUAACAAAAAAAAGCUGUGUAUUAAAAUAAAAUCUUAGUUCGUUUGGCACACAAAAAAAGGCAAAACUUUAUUCGAAAAAUUUUUUGUUAAUUAAUUAUUUAGCACCGAUAAGACAAAGGUCUUUUCUACCCAUUUGAUACAAUCAAUAUUAAUUAAUAAAUAAAAUCCAUUAGAUAUG